GUAGACUGAGAGAAAAAGAAGACGUCGCGGUAGAAGUGCAUUCGCUAUCACUUUUACAACCAUUUAAUUUGGAGAUUGUCGUAUGCGCUAAAUCCUAGGCGCCAGUUUGACUUUCUGUUAUUCUAUGUAGUUCAUUCGACUUACCUGAUAGCGACAUUAUUAAAUGUACUUUGCAUCCCAGUCCCUGGUUGUCUCCUUCACUGGAUCAACCUGACACCGGUGAAUUUUAUUCUGAUACCUGCCUGAUCUGACCAAGCAUCGGAAAAAUAUGCUGCAACUUCAUAAUUUGGUAAACAAGACUCUCGAGACCCUAGAGUAUUUGUUCUAAGAUACGUUACAUUCAACUUGACACCAACAGGCGGAUCAUCAUGAUGGGAAUGGGAUACAAAAAUAGCUUGAACAUCUCACUUGCUGUAUCGUUUUUAACCCUUAGUGCCUUCUUUUACUAUACAAGCAACUUGCAUAGUCUGGUGAGAGUCGUAUCUGUGAAAACAGUUUAUUCUAACCACGAACACGAGAAGAAUGAUUUUGACAGUAAUGAUUUCAAUAAAUCCGACAUUGCGCAUGUUGUUCCUUUUAAACGUGCAACGCCAGCGAUAAUCAACCGACUAAGUACAGGUGUUUUAAGUGUAGAACGUGAUGUAUUAACUUUUAAUGCAGAAGAUAUUCUGAAAUCACUCUCGGAUGUACCUUUUGAAGAAAGUCGCCUUAUCCACAAGAUUCAGAAAAAGCAGAAACACUCCGACUUUGAUUGUGUCAUCAGGAUUGCCAAGUAUUGCUCCUCCCGUUGUGAUCAUUUAGUACAGGGCAAGCAUUCGACAGAAUGGACGAGGUUUAGAUGUGACGUCAGUGAGUCUUGUCAGGUCGAAACACGUUUAGUUGGUAAUCUCACUUAUGAGCUCAUGCAGACAAUCGAUGUUGUUUUCUUCACUCCUGCACAUUCAACUCUUCAUCUGAUGCACUUGAUAUCUUUGCGUCCACCAGGACAACUCUGGAUCUUGUACUCCAGAGAGAGCCCUCAUCAUGAUUACCAGUAUGCACCGGAAGGUUUAACAGGAAACCCUUUUAAUCUUACUAUGACCUACGCCAGAGACUCUGAUAUUCAUUUCCCCUACGCAGCUUUGCAAAAGAAGAGAAAGCAGAUCCACCAUCCCAAAAUACCAAGGAAGACUAAACUAAUAGCAUGGAUGGCUUCAAAUUGUCAGCUUUUGUCUUGGAAGAGAACGGAGUUAGUCAAAGAGCUUCAAAGACACAUCUCAGUCGAUGCCUACGGUAAAUGUGGAAACAUGGGGAAGCUUCCUCGUGAUGAUGAUACUAUCAAGGCUUUACAAAAGUACAAAUUUUACCUUGCAUUUGAAAAUAGUGAGUGUCGGGACUACAUCACAGAAAAAGUGUGGAAGACGUGUCUGAUGAGGGGUAUCGUGCCAAUAGUCUACGGAUCGACGCGGGAAAGCUACGAGAAGACACUGCCCAAGGAUUCUUUCAUUUUCCUUGAGGAUUUCAGCAAUAUGAGUGCAUUUGUGGAUUACAUUCAUGUUCUUGAUGCAGAUAAAGCUCGCUAUAGGAAAUACUUUGAUUGGAAAAUAAAGAAUACCGUGAAUUUUAUGCAUUCAACCAUGUUUAGCAUUCAGUCUCCAAAGUUAAAUAUGUGUUACCUCCUGAAGAAACUGACCCAUGUUUUCUUCCAUCCAGAGUCGUCAUGGCAGAAAAGAACGCCCGAUUUUGCUUCCUGGUGGAAAGGACAGUGUCUCGAUCCGACCAGAGAGAAGGAUGUCUUGGGUUUUAGUGUUCACUAGCAAGUCAAUGUGCUAAACACUAGUCGCAGAACAAUUAUUCCUAAAGAAACGUAUUAUUUCACGUGUUUUUUUAAAGUGUUCUGAUGAACAUGAAAUGUGACAUUGCAUGAUUUCGAUUGAAUAUGUAUAAAGGAGUAAGUUAUCAACAUGUUAGGAGGCAAAUGUAGUCAGCUUAAAGGGAUGGUCCGGGCUGAAAAUAUUUAUAUCUUAAUACAUAGAGUAGAAUUCACUGAGCAAAAUGCCGAAAAUUUCAUCAAAAUCAGAUAACAAAUAAUAAAGUUAUUGAAGUUUAAAGUUUAGCAAUAUUUUGUGAAAACAGUCGUCAUGAAUAUUCAUUAGGUGGGCUGAUGAUGUCACAUCUCCACUUUCCGUUUUCUUAUGUUAUUACAUAAAAUCUUUUUUUUUUUCAUUAUUUCAUACUUUUGUGAAUAAUAUGUCUCCCUUAUAAUGAAAUAAGUUGCAGCAAUAAAUAUCUAAUGCAUUAAAAAAUUGUCAAUCCAAUUUUUCAAGUUCUUGGAGGAUAAAUUUUGAAUAAACCUAAUUUCAUAUAAUAAAAUACAAAAGAACAAGUGGGGAUGUGACAUCAUCAGCCCACCUAAUGAAUAUUCGUGACGACUGUUUUCACAAAAUAUUGCUUAACUUUAAAAUUCAAUAACUUUGUUAUUUGAUUUUGAUGAAAUUUUCGGCAUUUUGCUUAGUGAAUUCUACUCUAUUUAUUAAGCUAUAAAUACUUUCAGCCCGGACCAUCCCUUUAACAGAACAAUCAGGAGUCGACCAAGUACCGGUCGAAUGGAUGUUAGUAGGCCUAACUUACCAGUUGGAGCUAUCGACUACAAUGUACUUGUUCUUGAAGUAGCUGAAUUUUUUAUAAUAUAUAUCAUCGGGAAAUUUGCGCUCCUAAUUCCUAAGACCGUUUUUAUCUUUUCAUUUAUUCAACUUCUGCAAUCAAUAUUAUUACUAUAAGAGAAAUUCUCAAUAGUUAAAGAAUAGUUUUAUAUUAGUAGAAUUAAGAAUUGCCUCUCUAUUAUAUCUCGUGAAUUAUACAGUGAUGGGGUCUGCCUUUUAUCUUUUUUUUUUACAUUUCACAGUGUUGGGAUGGAGGUUCAUCAAUUGUAGGUAAAUUACAUCAAAUUAUGUUUUGUGUUUAAAUUGUAAUGUGUGAAGUCAUGUAAUUGAGGUUCAUGAUGAUUGAUAUGUUUGAAAGCAGAUCUGAGCCACGUAACAGAGCUUAACGAUAAAUAGCCAAUAUGAAUGAACACUUCUGAUUGGUUCCUGGUCAGUAUUUUAAACCAAAUGCACGUGUGUAAAUUGAUUUUGAUUGGUCAGUUCAUUUAGCGAUAUAUCGCUAGUUUUGUGUUACGGAAUCCAGGGUCAUGUAACGCAAAGAACGGAAAGGUUAGCGAUUGAUCGAUACAUGAAAUGGCCAAUCAAAAUCAUCGUUGCAUGCGCAUUUUUGCUCAGUAGACUGACUAUGAACCAAUCAGAAUCGUUCUUUUAAAUCAGCGAUCAAUCCCUAAGCUUUUUUGUUACGGAGCCCAGAUGACAUUGGAUGCAAGAAUAUCGAGGGAUUCGAACUAUUGCGCAGAUGUUACAAAUGUGGUAACAAUAUAGAUUUUAGUUGGUUAUCAUGGUUAUGGGGUAGUGUUUUAUAGCACUUACCUCACAGUACUGAAGAUGAAUAUAAGAAAUGCUUUUUAAAUACUAUGAUCGCAAGAUAAUUUAUACAACAUUAAGAACAAUUGAAUUAAUCUUUCCAAAUGUAUACAUGUGUAAUAAAAGAAAUGAUGGUAAGAACACAGAGUA